CGCCAAUCCGUUGCUGCAUUCAACUAAACUAGGUGCCGUCGUUUUGAGGAAUAUGAGACAUAUACGAAAACGUUCAUAUUUAAUGUUUAGAGGAAACAUUCAUAAUUUGAUCAUGCUAAUAUAAUUUAACUCGGGAUAAGUUUUGGCGGCUGGACCAUAUUUUGGCAAGAGACAGAAGAUCCACUCCAGCUUUAAGUAACUCAUACAUAUUAAAACAAAUGGAGCAAAGCGGACAAGCAACCGACAUGAACACAAGUAUUCAUGCAGAUCCUCAACAUGGGGAAUACCCUCAUGCAGUUAUCGCGGCUGAUGCACCCCAUGUAAUUCCACCACAAACAAAGGAAAAAUGUGCAACUGAAACUAAAUAUUGCGAUUUGUGUGCAUUGGAUAACAUUAAAGAAGACGCCGUCGGAUUUUGUACUAAUUGCACUGAUUUUCUGUGCAAAAGCUGCCUUGUGAAUCAUAAAAGGAUAAAGGUAACACGCUCGCAUACCGUAUUGCAAGGGGAAGACAUUCCUGCGGAUAUUGAACCAUUUCGUGCAUUUCGAGCUCUUGUCAAAUGUGAAUUUCAUCCUGAAUACGACUUAACGUAUAUGUGUACUGAACAUUCCAUACACGUAUGUGCCAUGUGUCUGACUGAUAAACAUCGAAUGUGUAAACAGGGUCUACUGAACGUCUCAUUUAAUGAGAAAGAAGAUGACUUUGUAAAUAAAAGUUUACUGGAUGUAGAAGCGCGCACUGAACAAAUAACUUUGCAGCAAGAAAAAUACAUCAAACACAUUCCAGAAGACCAGAAUAAAGCAAUUGCAGAAGCUCAAUAUAUAUCUCAACAACUAAUAGAGAAGAUUGUAACACUUACUACAAAAGUAAUUGAUGAGAUCACAGAUCUUGGUAAUAAAGAAAUUAACAUCACUAAAACGAAUAUAAAUAAUGCAUAUUUGUUGUACCCGGAAAUUCGACAAUUGAAAACAAUAAUGGAAACAGCCCAAAAAUAUGGCAGUGCUGAGGAAUGUAUUGUAGCUUCACGGCGUUUUGAUGCACGUUUCAAAGAUAUUAUAACACAACUGAGUUCAUUGGAAAGUUUCGACCAGAAACGCUUCUCAAUUUCCAAACUUCAGGAAAUUGAUAAGUUGAAUCGUAUCUGUCAUGUGAGCUUUGCAAGUGGUUUAAAAAAUGAACUUGUCAUUGGAAAUGCUAGCGAUGAACUAAUAGUUGAUAUUGAACGCAAUGCAUUUAUGGAACAUAGUGACAGCAACAAAGUACGAAAACUGGUAACUCAGAAUGAGACAUUGAUUUUCAAAUGCAAUAAAGACGUUCAGACAUUAGAAGUUGCGUGUGCAUGUGCACCAAGAGUUCAUGAAGACAUACUACGUUUAAAACACAAUUCCACACCGUUUCCGGAUGAAGGCAAUCGAAGUAAGAAGCCGUUUAUGGAAAGAUCUGUUCAAAACCCUGUUUCAAAAUAUUACGUAAAAUCCCCCAACGACGUAUUUCAUUGUUGCAUAACUGCUAUCCAAAUUGUUGCCGAUGGGAAAGUGUUGCUUGCAGACAGAUGGAACAGAAAGGUUAAACUUUUGUCCCCAGAAUUUGUAAUUCUUGACGAGUGUGUACUUACUGGAGACCCAAUAGAUUUGUGCGUAGUUGAGGAUUAUAUUUUGGUCUGUUGCUCUCAUGAGAAAAAGGUCUUCAGUUUGUGUAUUGAUUGCUAUGGUAAAUUGGGCCUGACGGGUUGUUUCUCAACAAAGUUUUGGCCUGUGAGUAUAUCGCAUUUUGACGAUAGAGUAAUUAUUUUGUUCAUAAAAGAGGCGGAAUGUUUUGAUUUGAUUGGCAACGAGAAUAUUCAAAUUGAAAUCAGAAACGGCAGCAAAAUUGACGCCACAUUAGAUUACGAAGAGGGUGACCAUUAUUAUAUAGAUAAUGCUAGAAGGAUCUUGACUCUAGAGAAUGGCUCAGUUGUAUUCGCAGAAAAUGAUCGUGUUUCAUGCUACGUUAUUGAUGAAUAUAACAAUGUGAUUGGUGAAAGAAUAUGGUAUUAUAAAAAUUAUGGAACUAAUCCCUUGUUUAAUGCCCGAGGAAUUGCACAUGAUAGUGAAGAUAAUGUCUAUAUUUGUGGCUAUGAGUCCAAUAACAUUCAUCAAGUGUCUUCACAAACAUACCGCCACAACAGGGUACUAAUGUCUAAUAUAAAUAGGCCGUAUUCUGUAUGUGUGGAUUCAAAACGAGGUCUAGUGAUUGUAGGCUGCAAUCAAGAUGACCGUAUUUAUGUGAUUGACUUCCUAUGAAGUCUUUUAAUGAAACGAUAUGGACACACAUAGAAAUACUGAAUCAACAAAUAUAACUUUAAUGUCAAAAUGUGUUUAUAUAGUAUUAUGCUGCUGGGAUUUGUAAUUUUAUGCAUUAUGAUAAAAUAAGGACAUGUACCGGUAUUUAUCAUUGUUUGUCGUUUCACAUAUCACUCACAUCAAUACCCGUUCACAUCAAUUCACGUAUUUUGUCUCUUCUGAUAAUCUUGUAUUGUAUAUUGGUUUUGCUUGAUAAAAUAUGAACGCAUAAGUUUAUCAACAAAAGGAACUACAUUUUAAACUUUUUCUUUUAAUCUAGGUUACGGGGUAUCUGCUUUGUUCAUUAUUUAAUUGAUCACUUUGUGACAAUCCUUAAUCACCACCGGUAUGCAUCCUGUGUGUCAUUGACAUAUGUUGCAUUGGUCCACGGGUUCAUAAAAUGGUGUUAAAUGAUUUCUUUUUUUUUUCACUGUGCAUAUAAAUGUGUACAUGUUCUAAUUAAUGUUGAGGUCAAGCGUCAUGUUCCGUUUCGACAUAUAUCAUUUAUUUGAGAAUGCUAUAAGAUGUCUUCAGGGUCAAACCAUAUGAUAUUGACACAUUGUUUUUCCCUUAAUUAUCGAGAUUCAAUUUCCAGGCCUUACUAAAAAUACCCCAAAUCAACGUAUUUCAUUUUUAAUUGCAAAGAAACCAAAUUGAAAUUGAAUGCAUAAUAGUUUCUUUUAAUGAGCCUUUAUCUUCGUACAUUUUGUAUUUUGUUCGAUUGACAUCAACUGUCAAAUAAACUUUGUGUUGUUUUUCUGUUUUCUGCAAAUAACAUUUUUAACUGUUCAUAUAUAAGAGAGAUUUAAAGUGUUUCAAAAAAGUACAAUAUAUCGCAACUUUUGCUGUCUAAUCUCCAAUAUAUUCCAUAUAUUUUCCGUCAAUGUUAUUUGAUAAACAACCUUUGGUGAAUUUCGUGUGUAAGCCUUUUCGAACGUUUUUUAAUCCAUGUCAAUAGGAAAUAACUAUGUUUAACGUGUUCCUAAACAACUUUUAAAUAAUAACACAAGUUGUUGUAGCUUAUCUAUGUUUAUCACCAUCCGCCUGAUUAAUGCUACGUAUCCGUAAACAGCGCACUCUUGUAUUUGCUUCAUUUAAUUGGAUUUUGGGUUAAUAUAUGCUUUUGUGUUCCUUGUAAAUGAUUGUUCACGUAUGUGUUUAUAAUCGGAUAUUACAGAAAAGGGGCAUAUCGAUGGUAAUUCCAAGCAUAUAAAGACAUUUUUGUUCAGUCCAAAUUCCUCUUUUCCGGUAUAUAUUUGUUUACUUACACUCUUAUACUCAUGAAAUCAUUAAGGGAAUGCUUGAAUAUCAUGCCAUAAAUAAGAUUCUCGAGUGAAGCCUCAUGUGUGAUUCUAACUCGCGCCUACAAAUAUCGGCUUGUUCGUGAACGUUUUACUACUUAGUAUAGUCCAUUUAUCGGUAUUUCGAUGCCUCGCGUACACUUGAGACGCUACCUGGGAAAACAUGACUUAAUGCAUGUGCUUAAAGUGUCGUACCACGGACUGCAGAGGCUUAUAAGGGACGAAAAUUUUCACCUAGACUGGAUGUGCGUUAAGAAGAGACUUCCCUUAAACGAAAAAAAAAAAUACAUAAACGCGGACGGUCUAUACUUAUUACAGAUAAUCUCCUUUGAAAAAUAUCAUAUCCUAUGUUCCGUCGAUAUGCCCCUAUAGAUAAAUAACAUUUAAUUGGCCUCCUGAUUAUCCGGCUUCAGAGUGUGUGUUUUCAAUAAACAUGUGAAUUAUUGUGA